AUGGUGAAGACGUUUCAAGCGUAUCUCAGUCCUCAGUGUCACAGAAAGUACAGUUGUAUUCACUGUCGGGCUCACCUGGCCAACCACGACGAACUUAUUUCGAAGGUGAGACCUUUGUUUUUAGCGAAAAUAAAGUCAGUUUUAGAGGAAUCGCAUGUUUAUGUUCCAGUUCGUGACAACAACAGCCAUGUUGAUUUUAGAUGUAAUUUUCGCUUUCAGUCGUUCCAAGGUAGCCAAGGCCGAGCUUACUUGUUCAACAAAGUGUAAGUUGUUAUUUUAUGAAAGAUUCAUUUUACAAUGUAAUUUUAAGGUGCUGUUUUUCAAUCUAACUGUUUCUUUGAAUUAUUGUAUUCGCAGAGUGAAUGUCGGUUGCGGUCCGGCUGAGGAAAGGGUUCUUUUGACGGGCCUUCAUGCAGUUGCCGACAUUUAUUGCGAGUGCUGUAAAACAACGUUGGGAUGGAAAUACGUGAGUAUUAUUUUCUGUUUUUUCUUUGUAUGGCUGCCCAAUAACACCAGAGUAAUUUCUUGGGAAAAUUUCCCGCGUGUUUUUCGCACUGUCGAAGGAAAACACGCCAUUAUGCAAAUUUCUCGCCAUGAUGACAACAACAGCCCUGAGCGCUCUUAAAAUUAGUGGCCCAAUGUUUCUUUACUUUCAUUUCUUUUCCAGGAGCACGCCUUUGAGAAUAGCCAGAAAUACAAAGAGGGAAAGUUCAUCAUCGAAAUGGCGCAUAUGAUCAAGGAUAAUGGAUGGGAAUAGCGAAAAGGAAGAUAGAAAUUUUUUUUUAUCUCCAGUGGACUUACAUUGGAUUUUGUACAGAGAUAAAUGUUUUAUUCAUAAAUGUUAAGAGAGCUUUUAUAUUUGAAGAAACCACAAGAUAUCCUGAUCUAUCCAUGAGCAGGAUUAUUUAGAACUCUUUCGCAAGAAAAUCGACCUUUUCUUUGUAUAUAGGAGAGAAAUUUCAUGGUUUUAUUGUCGUACAACAUUAACAUUAUUAUUGCAUCGGCUACAUAAUGUAAAUAGAUUUGAAGGUGCAAUGCGAGAGCUUAAGAUGAUGAUUUCUUCUUUAUCUAUUGCCUGUACAGUUGUGUUCGCUAAUACGGUAAAUUUUUGUAAAUAUGAAAAUAGUAUUGUUGUAUUCUAUGGUUAAUUUAAGUCGAACGAACGAAUCAAUGAAAAUGAAAGUUGUUAGUCUCUUGUCUAAUUUUCUUGUGGGGGUAAUCGAUCGUCAAUUUGCAUCCGUGUUUGUGCCAAAAAGCAUUCAGCAAUAUAUUUCAGUUGUAAACAUCGUGGGAAAUGUUAGAUCUUUUAAAUGAAAUGCUUCUUACUUAGGUUGCA